AUGCGAAGAGGCAUCCCACUCUAUCUGGGCUGCUUGGUCAUGCUCCUCAUCCUACUCAAUGCGGACCUCUUCGGUGGCCUGCCCAAGCCCAAAAGCACCUUUCACAAACGCGGUUCGUCCCACCGCCGACAAAUACCAGACCUGGGGACAACCUUGUACUUCCCAAAGAAGAUAUGGCAGACCUGGAGGAUUGACCCGUUCCACAUGGAAGAGCGGGACUCCGUCACUGCCAGGACGUGGACCGCCAAGAACCCUGACUAUCGAUACGAGGUGUUGACUGAUACCAACGAAAUGUCAUACGUGGAGCAGCACUUUGGGCCUGACGGCUUCGACAGACCCGACAUUGUCGAGAUGUACCGGGCUAUCAAUCUGACCAUCAUCAAGGCGGACCUCCUCCGCUACAUGAUCAUGUACGCCGAGGGAGGUGUCUAUGCGGAUAUCGACGUCGAAGACCUCAAGCCUGUUGAGAGAUUCAUCCCCGAACGUUACGACGAGAAGGAUAUCGACAUGGUGAUCGGUGUUGAGAUCGACCAGCCCAUGUUCAAGAACCAUCAUAUCCUUGGCAAGAAGUCCGAGUCCUUCUGCCAGUGGACCUUUAUGGCCAAACCGCGCCUGCCUGUCAUGAUGAAGCUGAUCGAGAACAUCAUGUCGUGGCUGAGCGACAUCGCCGCGAAGCAAAAGGUGUCCAUCUCGGAAGUCGAGCUCGAUUUCGACGAGGUGAUCAGCGGCACUGGCCCAUCCGCCUUCACGGCUGCCAUCAUCGAGCAGAUGAACGCGCAGACCCACGGCCCAACCAUCACCUGGAACAACUUCCACGAUCUAGAUGAGUCGAAGAUUGUGAGCAGAGUCCUGAUCCUCAACGUCGAAGCGUUCGCAGCUGGACAAGGCCACUCGGAUUCCGGGAACCACAACUCGAGAGGCGCACUCGUAAAGCACCACUACCAUGCAUCGAACUGGCCGAGCAAGCACCCUCGAUUCAGACACCCCGUCUAUGGUGAGGUUGAGCGUUGCAACUGGAACGUGGAUUGCGUCAACAAGUGGGAUGCGGAUGUGGCAGCCUUCGACGCCAUGAGCCCGGAGGAGCAAAAGAAGGUCAUAGAGCAGGCUGAGCAGCCUCCUCCGAUGGCACCGGGAGCGCAGGCACCGAUCGCGAUGCCGGAGGCAGAUGCGGCGGCGGCGGCCCCAGCUUGA